AAGCAUCAACGCGUAAUAUGAACGAAGUGACUGUUCGUACCCGGAUACCAGAGGUGAGAAGUUGGGAUUAAAAAACUAUUUAAAAUAAUAUUGUUGGGUUUGUAAGACAAAAUGAGGAAUGAAAUGAAAGAUAAUUGAAUUUAGGCAUGCCCCCCCCCCCCUCCCCAUCAUAAGAAUCUAACUAAUAACCCAAUUUCAAGAAAUCAAACGAACUGAUCCUUUAUGUCAGCGUUAAACUAUUUCUUCGUCGAAAAAGGUUCAAACUGAAUCUGAUUCAUCAGGAGCAGACUUAUUAAGAAGAUAGACGACAAACGAUCCGAUUACCUAUUUAGGUAAGAUCAUUCAUGAAAGUAACAUUGACGUAAAACUAUUUUUUGUGUUGUUUACAUUUUAAAGGCGAAGUUAAUUUAGAAGCCAACUAUUUUUCUGGCACCAACUGUUUUCUUUUCAAUGAAAACAUGUAGGCCCAUAGUCUAUAGUAUUUAAAUUUCGUUUAAGUUUAGGCUAGGAGUCUAGAAAGAAAAGCCUAAUUUUUUUAUUCCGUCAUUUUAUUUUAAUACUCAUACAACUAAUUAUAAUAUAGAAUGUAGUACUAUAUUCUGUGUCGUAAGUGUACACUGUACUGUACUGUAAAUACUAAUUAAUGGCUCGUUUCAAACACAAUGGCCUCAAUCAAAAAUCAAUGGUGUCAGUCAAUCAAAAUCAAUGACAAUGGCCAAUGGUGUGUACGAUUUCUUUCUCCACUAUAGUUUAGACGGUUAAGUUAAGUUUAUUUUAAAUUUUCUCUAUCUACUUGGUACCAACUGAUAAAAAUCAUUAACUGUCUCUAGUUAGUUUGUAGUUAGGGCUACCUUAAUUAUUAUUAAGUAGGCCUAUUGCCUAUACCAGCCCACCGUUAAUUAGGCCUAGAACACUACUCUAGUUAGGGGCCGUCCAUAAAGUAUGUCACGCCCACGUUAUUUUUUACCAUUUUUACCCCCCCCCCCAUGUCACAAACUGUCACAAAUCUCCCCCCAAUGUACAUCACAAUUUCGAACACAUUUUUUUUUAACUAAUUGAAAUUUAAUCUAAAACACACUUCACUAUUAAACUGUAUUAAAAUAUAAAAUUUCCACUUAAAAGAACUAUCACAUUAUUAAAAUGACUUUAAUAGUAGAAUAGUUAAUUGUCAAAAGUUGUCACUGUCAUUCAUUGAAGCAGUAACUCAAUCUAGAUUGAAUUUGAAAACAAAUAUUGCAAAAAUUAGACUAGACAAUUAUAUAAUACACAUCAUCUAUCAAUCUAUCUGCUGCUUUUUCAUUUACAAAAGUUGAGGUCAAGUUUUACAUAAUCUUCCGAUUAUACAAUCUUUUUACACAGGAUUAGAAGUAGAUUAGCGAAACUUGACCUAACCCAGUGAUUAAAUAAUAAAAAGGACAGUGUCAUAAUUAUGCAGCUGACAACAUAGAAAUAAUAAUACUUCAGGAAUGACGAAAGCAAGGCUAUACAUAAAACAAGGCUUCGCAACAGCAUACUAGCGUUCUUAGUGAGAUGAAUCGUGAACAACACAUUUAGGAGAUAGGCAUUUCAUGCUAUUUUGACAUAAAACUAUUUUGAAUGUUUCACAAAAUUUUUGAAAAUUAUUUUUAAAGCUAUUAAAUUCUACUACAAAAAUAAAAAAUAAAUUAGAAAUGAAAUUUUUAAAAAUUUAUGUGUGAUGUCACACAUGGCCUGACCCCCCUCCCCCUGUCACAAACUGUAACACUUUCUUACACCCCCUCCCCUUCUCUGGAGCGUGACAUACUUUAUGGACGGUCCCUUUGGUCAUAUUUCCCGGUUGGACCAGACUGGGAUGGUCUAGAAAAUUUGAAUUUUAUAGGCGUCAGUCAGCUUUGAAAGUCAGUCCCUGUUUCAGUCUUAGUUUUUUAGAAAUUUAUUUGUUAUAUUAUUUCUAUUUAUUUUAGGUAGUUAAGGUAGUUUUAUAACAUUUUAAAUAUCAGAAUUUUGUAAGCCAAUGACAAUAUUAUGUAUCAAAUUCCAUUUUGGAUGAUUGAUGUAGUCUAAUGUAGUGUAAAUCUAACAAAUGAGGCCUGAGCAAAAUGUUCUGUCUCAAGUCUACAAUCUAUGAGUAUUACCCCCCUCCCCCACUGCCUCCCUUUCCCAUGAGAAGAGAUUAAAAGUAUGUGAGAAGUUACAAUCAGUAAUUUUAUUGACUGUAAUAAAUUCCCCCUAGGUCUAAGCCUAAGGGGCCAUCUAUUAAUGUCUUACUAAUACAUCUUGUAGGUAGGGGUGGUCAUGAAUCUGUGAAAUGUUUUAUGAGGGUGUCUAAAUUAUGGAACAAAUUUGUGAUGAUUGGGAAGAGUGGUAAAAAAAAAUGCUCUACAACUGUCUAACAUUGUGAUGUCAGUUAUGGAUGGACCCUAACUGAGCUGUUUAGAGAUUUUGGACAUAAAGAAAAAUUUAAAUGGCUACCAUUUGAGGCGAAAGAGCCCCAGUUUGCUCUUUUGUUUAUGUUAAUUUUUAAAAUCAUCUACUGAAUAAUUAUUAUUUACUGAAUAGUAAGCAAAAUAAAAAAUGUGCAAUGAAAUCACUAAAUAAUAUACAAUUAUUUCUUAUUUUCAAAAAAAUGAUAAUAUAGUUAUGAAUUGGCCAAAUUUGUCUCCAGUCCCAUAACCAAUAAAUUUAGACCAAGUCCACCACUGAUUAAAAGUAUUUUUUAACUUAAUGUAUUAUAAUUCUAAGUAUGUGCUUUUAUGUUCCCUAUAUCAUAAUUCUGCACUUAUAUAGGAAGUUUCUGGAAAUAUUUAUUAGUUAUCUUUAAAUUUAGUUACAAUUUUUACUUUAAUUUCAGCAUUUUUUUUUUAAGUUAUUGCUAUGAAAUAUGUUAUAUGAGUCUGUCCCAACAUAUUUUUUAAUUGAUUUUUUCCAUAUUUUUCAUCCUCUAAAAUUUAUUUGUUUCAUAAGCAUGCGAACUGUUGUAAUAUUGGUGUAUCCAUCCCAGUAUGAAAAUACAGAUAUCACAAUAAACCUUCAAUUAUUUGGCAAUUACAUCACUGUCAAAAUUAAAACUUUCUUUUUAUUUAAAAGAAUCAGUGUGAUUAAAAUUAAAAAAGAAAAUAUUUUUUUUUCUUAUUUGUCAUGAAGCAGCACUGUUUUAAGUCAUCAUUUUCAUAUAACUAAACUAACAUUGGAUUUUUUUUUUACUUUAUCAAAACAAUUUAUAAAAUUAUAAUAAUUUGUAUUUGUGACAAGCAAUGGAUUUGAACAAUACAUUCUGUCUGCUCAUUAGCACAAAUCCGUAACCUUACCAGGGCAGGGAUAUGGGCAGGGAUAUGCAAGAUUUUACCAUCUUUUAUAAAGUUCUUUUUUUAGUUUGUUACAUUGUAUUGUAUUUUUUUAAAAUUCUACAUGCAAACGGAGGGCAUUCCAACUUUUUUUUCAUACAGCCCUUUUUUCAUACAGCCCUUUUUUCAUACAGCCCUUUUUUCAUACAGCCCUUUUUUUGUCAUGCAGAACUUUUUAAGGCCAUAUAAACUAUGUCACAGUGCAGCACAAAUAUUGAACUCAGGAGAUUAUUAGGUUUGCAAACAAAGGGUAGCAUAAUAAAUGUUCUCUUUCCUUCAGCUAAAUGAUAGUAAAAUGAUAAUAUCACUUGUGAGUGUUACUUGUCUGUGUAUGAAAAGAUUGUUGACUAUUCCUCAUUUUAGGUUUUCCUCAUAAGAAAUUAGUCUUACGAACACGAUUUGAUCUGUUUCCAAAUGAAAUAAAUUUUGUCUUUUGUCAUCCUUACUCAAGAAAUUCCCUCAUGGUUUAGUUCAGGGGGUCCUCAGACUAUUGGUAUUCUGUACCAAUUUGAUACUGGUAGUAACCAAUAAUUCAUGUAACACAUCCGCUAAUUUUGCAAUGCACAUAUUUUUUUUUAAUCACUAUAUUCCACUUUAUACAACAUAAUGUAUCACCAGGGACUCUCGAACCAUAGUUUGAGAAAUGCUGCUCUAGUUAAUAAUUGAGUAUUAUGGUCUAGUUAAGACAACAUUCACUAUAUACUGUGGUCUAGCUAAGACAACAUAGGUUGGGUAAUGUAGUCUGGUUAAAAAAAAAAAUUAGUUGUUCAGUAAAGACUAGUUAAUAAAGCUAUCAUUUAAUUAACUAGCUUAGUGUAAUAAACAAAGGGGAUAAUAAUCAUGUUUUAAAUAUAAUUUCAGCUUAUUAUCUAUUUGUUUAAAAUUAUUGUUACACAUGUGAUUUCAUUUUUUUAAAUGAACAUGGGAUAUAAUUUGUGAGCCUAUCAUCAGCUGUUAAUAGGCUAAUCUGUUUGGUAAAAUGCAGUGAUGAUAAAUACUCUGUAUAAUUAAAAGAAUGAUUUAUUAAAAUUUAUUUGUACAUAUGUGUGUCUCUUUUAUACACUGCAAACAGAAAAACAAACAUUUCUAGAAUUUUAAGAUUUUUAAUAAAGAUUCGCUUCUAAGAAUUUGAAUUUUUUAGUAAAGUGUUUCCCAGCUAUAACUUGUGUAGUAAUUAUUAAAUUAGUGAUCAACAGUUGAGGUCAUGGGCAUUUGUGGGAGACUGGUCUCAUUGUCACGCAUUCCUGUCCUCGGAAAAGGACGGAACCUUUUGCUUAAACCGGCCAGUCAGAGGAAUAAAUGCGACCGUAAGUUGAGAGAAAGACCAGAACACAUAGUGUUGCGGGUCAAACAGGAGUGAAUCUAGUGCAUGACAAAUUGUUUCAUUUCUAAUCCAGUAAUUCAAGGUGUGCUCUGUGCUCUCACUAGUAGCCUGUUCCAAAAAUAAUGAUUUCUAACGAUGUGACCUAGGCAGAAUUGUGUGGCUAGAUUGUCUUAGUGUUGAUGGUUUUUGUCUCUGAGCUUCCUCUGGUCACCUGGUUAUACUCAAGUGAUAAGUACUUUUUGUUACCGGUACUCUAUUGUUCCUUAUCAAUUUGAUAACUUAUUGCAAAUGUAUCACUUGAUUACUGUGUUUCUACUUGCCAUUUUAAUUGAAAAAUAAUUCAUCAAUUCCUCCCUCUCCCCAACCCUAAUAAGUCGUAAGUCCUCUAUUUUAUUUGUGUUAAAUUAUUGGGUGAAAUAUGUAGAUAAAGGAAAACUAUUUUUAAAAUUAAACUGUAUAUUUUUUUUUAAAUUGGGUAGUAUUAAAUUAUGUUAAUUGAGGAAGAUAUAAGAUAUUUACACUAACAGCAUCCUACCUCUUGGGACACACAGCAUGUUUUCAUUGUUAAUAUUCUGUUUUAAAAAAAAAAAAAUUUUAAAUGAAUAAACAUUAAUAAGUACUGUAAAAGAGAACCAAAAAAAUCUUAUUUUGAUUUUGUGGCUGAAACAGGAAAUGUCCCAUUUCAUGAUAAUGACUUUGUGGUCAUUGUAGAUGGACAUUUUUCUCACCAUUGAUUGAGUGCAGAGCUGUCGGUGACUCUUAGAUGAGGCCCCUUGCAAUGUUGUGCACCCUAAAAAACUUCCACUUUGCAACUUAAGGCCCCUUAAAUAUCUGAGGCCCCUUCGGCUGCAAAGGUUGCAGGGCUCUCACAACAGCUCAAAUUGAUUAUAUUUUUUUUCAUGCUCCUCUUCUUUUCAGACAACUGUAUAUUUGCCUCUUAUAUUCAGAUAACUGUGCAUUUGCCUCUUAUAUUCAGACAACUGUGCAUUUGCUUCAUAUAUCCCUUGGCUAUUUUUCUAUUUGAAAGAGAAAAUCAUGUUUUAAAAGUUGACUAAACAGAUAGUUUAUGACAUUUAACUGUAGCACAGGAACUUAACAUGUUCAAAAGCAAUAUUGUAGUUGUGCAAUUUUAACUCACAGACCUAACUGGUACCUCUUAUUUUCUUAUAGUUUAUUGCAAUACUGACAUACCCUGCAUUUUUUCUUGAGGGUUUCCCAGUGUUGACUUUUUGGCAUGCUAAGUUGAUUAAUAAAUUGAAAAGCCUCUUGAGAUUCCAUGUGGCAUGUCAGUGGUAGGUAGCCAUGAUAGCUGGACAGGCACUGUGUUGCCAUCUGAUUAAGUUAUGUUGUAGCUAUAUGUGAAAGCUUCAAACUGCUGUGUUACAUAUGCUGUGCAAGAGUUAUGGUUUUGCAUUGAUCUGAAGACUUCAUGAAGUUUUUUUUGCUGUGGUUUGAUGACUUUAUUCCUAGGACAAAGAAGCUUUACUCUAACCGACCAAUGAUAUUACCCCUGCUCCUUUGUCUUCAGGCAUGGCGGAUGUUCACCUGGUCUUCUCGUAUGGAACCCUCAAGUCAGGUGAACCCAACUUUGCUGUCAUGAACAAUCCAAAGACGGGGAAGUCAACAUUUGUUGGUGUCGGAGAAACUGUCAAACGUUACCCGUUGGUGGUUGCAUCACAGUAUGCGGUUCCAUUUCUGCUGCUGGUUGAAGGAAAAGGGGAGGUAAGUCUUAUCAAGCUUAGAAGAAGAAAAUGUACAUAUUUCCAAGCGUAUGUGGGCUGUUUCCAAACACUAGGAUACAUUUUUGCCAAUUUAGUUAGUACGGUUAAUAUUGUCCUAGUUAAGUUUUCCAAAUGUAAGUUGUCCGAUGGCUCUGCUACAAUUUGUUUUCCCUGAAAAUUUGUCACAAUACGUUCAUGAAGUUCUCUUUUCAUCGAGGCUGAUGAGCUGUCACAAUGUUCUGUUGCAUUUAUAAUAGUCUCUGCUAACAAUGAGACAAUGUUUUUGUAAUCUUAUCAGGGAAUCUCAAGUUGAGAUACUUAGGUCUAAAGUCCUGAAAUCGCAAAAUAAUUUUAUAAUCAUCAAUGUAUUUUCAUAUCAGAAAAAAUACAUAAGUUUUGACAUGACUUGAGAAUUAUUGAGCCCAAUUUGCAUGCAAUGACCCAUUAUAAAUGUCAUCUCACUGCAGAAUGUCCAAGGGGAGAUUUAUGAGGUUGAUGAUUCCAAGCUCGCCUCCCUUGAUGAACUUGAAUGUCAUCCAGAUUUCUACCACAGGGAAAUAACCCAAAUAGCCAUGCAUGAGGACAACAAGGGCAACAAGCUGAAUCCACCCGAGAUCAGGGAAUGCUGGGUCUAUUUCCUGCCCCGCUACAAACCGGAGAUGAUUGAUCUCCCCUACUUGAAAAAUUACACCUCCAUCUCAAAAGAUCACCCACCCUAUGUAGAAAGGUACAAACGAGAAGGACCUUUGCAAGAAUUAAUUUUACCUUGAAUCUGUUUUUAGUUAUGCACACCUACCACUACAAGAUUUAGUAGACAGUUAUUCCUAUGGUAGCCUUGCUGUUACUUGUAUACAACAUGUCACCCUACUUGAAUGUAUAUCCGUCCAGGGUUUGAUCAUGCAGACAUAUCACAGAUUAUGGAUCGCUGGGUUUAUGUUAUUCUUACAGCAUGUCUCUUCCAAGAGAGGCAUCUUCUAUUGUCAUGUACAUUAAAUAAAGCCCACAAAAACUCAUGGAUUAUAUGUUGUAUUCUUUUGUGCUGCUUUCUGUAGUCUUUCUUUGGGAUAAUUAAUGCAGCCAUUUAUGACGAAAUGAUAAGAUACUGUGACGUGCAUGCCCAUGGUGUGGUUAACGAAAUUAUAAGAUACAGUGAAGUGCAUGCCGAUGGCAUGGUUAACAAAUUUUACUAUGAACUAACAACAAUUUUUGCACAAAGAUUAACUGGCAUGUGGGCAUGAGGAAGCCCAUGACUUGCGUCGAC